GAACAAUCUCUUCACAACUAUUUGUAUUCCUAAACUAUCUUUACUCUCAGUUGAGGCUCAAAUUCUAGCAGCUGCUAACAUUAUCUGGUUUCAAAAUGGGGGUGGUUGAGCUGAGAGUGGGUAUGCACUGUGAUAAGUGCAUACAAGAAAUCAAGAGAGCAAUACGGAGACUGGAAGGAAUAGAGACAUACAGAGUGGAUAAAGUAUUACAUAAAGUCACUGUCACAGGUGACGUCACACCCAAAAUGGUGUUGAAGACAUUGAUUAGAUCAGGGAAGCCUGCCUCCUAUUGGGUCACUUAAUCAAUCCCACUCAAAGAGAAAUUAUAAGGAAUUCAUUGAUAGCUCACAAAUCAGAUUCUAUAAAAAGAGGCGUCCAAAUUACUUUCAGAAAAAAGUCUUGGAAUUUGCAAGAGUCCAAAUUGUACAUUUUCCGGUGUAGUUUCAACUAUGAUUCUUUGUUUAUUGGUGAUGGGGUGUUAUUAAAAUGUAAAAUGUAGCCUUUGUUGCCACUAAUAAAUCUGCAUAUCUUAUGUGCAUUAGGAUAGAGAUGAAGGUAAGGUGAGGCUUGUGAUGUUGAUUAGCUGAAAGCCCAUUCUUUUGGACACUAUGUAGGCUGAUGUAGGGGAAUAAAAGCGGA